GCAAUCGGAUCUUGCGUUGUUUGGGGUCUUUCGAAUGUGACAGAAAUUGUUCUAGCCGACCUUUUCGGUUUACCAAGGCACAUUGUACCUAACGGUAGUACAGAAAAGUAUUGGAGGCACAUUUUGUUGAAGGCAAGCACAUUCUUCGCAAUGACUCCAUUCUUCAUUUCUGCUUUCACAGAGACAGUAAGAAGUGAGGCAGGCCUCGGCGGUGAAGGCCCCAACGUAAUGGAGGUACUUUUCAAGGGUGUGGAUAGGUUGAGGUUUCCAAUUUUCGGCGCCCGAGACCCAUCUCGUCGCUUUUCUAUACUGCAUUUGGCAUUGCCAACGGUGGCCUACCGAACGUCGCACUACAUCAUUCAAACGAAGCUGCAUUACCAAUUUUUCAAAAUGGCUCGCAAAUAUGUGGUUAGUUCAGAUAUCCGACGAACUCGAACUCUUAUCGACAACCUUGAUACCGGUCUUUCUGCUAUUUCAAUCACUGCGAAAUAUAGUGGUUUCGCUGAUUGCUUGCGAUCAGUGCUUCAACACGAGGGAUUCUGGGCUUUAUACAGCGGAGUCGGAGCUUUAGCACUGGAGUACCUACUUCAUUCAUUGCUUCAUCAAGCUGUGCGUGCUUGCUUUGAUAGAGGAUCGGAGGUCCUUCGUCGAGCAACUGAAAGCAAUCCAAAUAUCACACCAGUUCCUUCAGCAUACGGAGGAGCGUUUUCUGGACCGCUGAGAGCAUCAUCUGGACCACUGUCUGGUCCGUUCACUCAGCCUGUAUCGCCAGUAAUUAGUCCGAGAAAGCAACUCUCGUCGUAUACACCUCCACUUCGGGAUCCUACGCAAUUCCCAACAUUUGGCGAAUCCAUUUCUCAACUGGAUUCACCUUUCGCUGCGCCGACACCGCCAUUUCCUUUCCAGUCAGGUCGUCCUAACGUGUUUGGCAGUCCACCGAGAGAACAGUACCUUGUUCCGCUGUAA